AUGGAGGCGCUGGAGGUUUUGGGGGGCUACCCGACCAAGUCCUCUAACCCUCGAACACGAAUGGUCAGUGUUCUACUGAGUAUGACGGUUGUUAUGGGAUGUUUAUUAAUGCUACAUAGUUUUCUCAAAAUCGGCAAGUCGCGGAAGCCGCAAGAUUUCUACUCUUUUGAGAUGAAGGACGCCAAAGGGAGAAGCGUUUCUCUGGAGCGAUACCGAAGCAAAGUAAGUACACAUCAGUAAAACUCAGCAAGUAAACUAACUGAACUUUGUGUAGGCGUACUGAUGAUUUUGAUGGUUUCUGUGAUUUAGCACGUUUUCCCCCCAAAAAGUAUAAUAUUUAGGCCUAAUGUUUACUUUUCUCUGGUUGUCAACGUGGCGAGCCACAGAGAAGAACUAUCACUCUCUGCGAGAGCUGCACCGCGAACUGGGGACGUCCCAUUUCAACGCGCUGGCUUUUCCCUGCGGCCAGUUCGGGAAGACCGAGAUGGGGGCCAGCCGGGACAUUGAGGCCUACGCCAAGAACACCUAUGAUGUCACCUUCCCCAUCUUCAGUAAGAUCUAA